AUGUCUACGGAACGACGCAUUAAAGGCCUCAAGACGCGCCUGAAGAGCCUGCUGACGUCAUUCAACCUGAUCAAAAUGUUCGUGGACGAAUACAACGAAGAAACGGAUGCCUGUCAAGUCCCGGUGCGUUUGGAGCACCUGGUGAAGCUCUGGAAGGAGGUUAACGCGGUGCAAGUGGAUCUGGAAACGGUGGAUGAGGCCGCUGUAGACCAGUACCUGAAAGUCCGUACUGAUUUUGAGUCAACCUACUACCGUGUGAAGGGGUUCUUGCUUUCGGUCAAUAAAUCACCUGCUUUGGUACAGUCACCUAGCCCUCGUUCAAAUGCGCAACCACCUCUACAAUCGUCUUGCCUGGUUGAACUUCCACGACCUAUUUGUCUCACUCGUCCACUCGUCGCACGAACUAUCCAAUAUACAUCUUCCUUAUCCGGAGAUGCCCUCAAGCUUAUACAAACCAUCACGAUCAGCGCUGACAAUUACCAGGUCGCCUGGAAGUUGUUGACAGAACAUUAUCAGAACUCUGCAAGACUGAAACAGUCGUACGUAGAUUCGCUCUUUGAAUUUCCCUCGCUGAAAAGGGAUUCAGCGACGGAGUUACACUCACUCGUUGAGAAGUUCGAAGCAAAUGUGAGAGUACUGAAACAGUUGGGAGAAAGGACCGAAUUCUGGGACAUACUUCUGAUACGAAUGCUCAGCAUAAGGCUCGACAACACCACUCGACGUGACUGGGAAGAAUUCUCAUCGACGAAGAAUCAGAUCACCUUCACUGACCUAACGGCUUUCAUUCAACGAAGAGUCACGGUUCUACAGUCGAUCAACAAGACAACUGAACCUCCUCCGUCAACUUACACAAAGAAGCCUGUUCAGCGUCCCGUCACCAGCCAUGGAGCCAGCCAGCAGAACUAUCGCAAGUGUCUCGUCUGUUCCGAUCAUCAUCCUUUGUAUCAAUGCGCAGUUUUCUCGAAAAUGUCGGUAGAAGAUAAGGAAAGAGAUGUCCGUCGCCACCAACUAUGCCGCAAUUGUUUACGAAAGGGCCACCAAACGCGUGACUGCCCCUCCUCCAGUACUUGCCGCAAGUGUAGAAAUCGCCACCAUACUCAACUCUGCCCCACCGAAGCUCCAGUCGCUGUGAACUCCAGGACUGCCGACACCGCUCAACCGAAAGUUUCUUCUAUCCCUGUAUGCGAAGAACAACCGAGAAGCUCUGCCUCAGCCGUUACUGAACCCGUAAGCUGUUCGUCUUCUACAUUGAAGGAGAAAAGCGUCCUGCUCGCAACUGCCGUGGUCGUCCUUGUCGACGACAAUGGAACCAACCACGUCGCCAGAGCACUCCUCGAUUCGGGAAGUGAGUGCUGCUUUAUGACUGAAUCUCUCGCCCAGCAGAUGAAGGCCAAACGCACCAAGAUCCACGUUCCGAUUGCUGGUAUCGGACAAUCCUCAACGUAUGCUCGUCACAAACUCCAAUCUACUAUUCGUUCACGCACCUGUGAUUAUUCUACCGCUGUGGAAUUCUUGAUCCUCCCGAAGGUUACAGUAAACCUGCCGUCAGCAUCUGUAGACACCUCUUCCUGGGAAAUCCCCCAAGGAAUUCAGCUUGCAGACCCGUCGUUCUACGAUAAAAGACCCGUCCAACUCGUAUUGGGGGCAGAAAUCUUCUUUGACCUCUUCAAAGUGUCCGGUCGGAUUGAGCUUGGUGAGUCUCUACCGAAUCUGGUCAAUUCUGUCCUAGGCUGGGUUGUAUCUGGAAAGACAACCGAUACCCGUUCGACAAAUCCCGUCAUCGCUAACGUCGCAACAGUCACCGAUCUUCAUCGCUUAAUGGAAAGAUUUUGGACCAUCGAAGAAGAUAACGCCAGUACCUGCUACUCUGUGGAAGAAUCUGCAUGCGAAGAGCACUUUCGUCGGACAGUCUCUAGAACUCCCGAAGGUCGCUAUGUCGUAUCUCUACCAAUAAAGGAAGAUGUUCUCUCCAAUCUCGGUGACAAUCGUCGCACAGCUAUUCGUCGCUUUCGUCUACUACAAGGUCAGCUCGCUAAGAACGACGAACUAGGCAACCAGUACCGAGCGUUCAUGGACGAGUACUUUCAGCUAGGCCAUAUGGAGCUGGUACCAGACUACCAAUCGCAACAUCGUUCCUACCAUUUGCCUCAUCAUGCCGUUAUACGAGCAGACAGUACGACCACUAAGGUACGCGUGGUUUUCGACGCGUCUUGUCGCACAUCGAAUGGGCCAUCCUUAAACGACGCACUCAUGGUCGGACCCAUAGUGCAAGAAGAACUAAGGUCGAUAACAAUGCGAUCCAGAAUCCGCCCUAUUCUGCUCAACGCUGACGUGAAACAGAUGUAUCGACAGAUCUUAACAGACCAACGUAGCAACAACCUACAGCACAUCGUAUGGAGUCCAUCGCCUGAUUCCCCUCUGCAGACAUAUAAAUUAAAAACCGUUACUUACGGUACCGCCAGCGCACCAUUUCUUGCCACACGCGUGCUCCAGCAACUGGCGGACGACGAGCAGCACGAUUUUCCAGAAGCUGCCGGUAUUCUUCGAAAAGAUUUCUACGUGGACGAUUUAUUUUCCGGAGCGGACACAGUAGAAGAAGCUAUCACACUACGAAAGCAGUUGGAAUCUCUUCUCGGCAGGGGAGGGUUCGAACUGCGGAAAUGGGCCUCAAACGAAGAAGCCGUUCUAGAAGAUGUUCCUCAAGACAACCGUGCCCUAAAGACGUCCGUGGAUCUAGACCGUGAUCAGUGCAUUAAAAGUCUAGGAUUGCACUGGGAACCAACGACCGACCAUCUCCGAUACAAGAUUGAUACACCAACGACCGAUAACACCCCACUCACCAAACGCAUUGCUCUUUCCCAAAUAGCUCGCCUUUUUGACCCACUUGGCCUGGUGGGACCCGUCAUCACAACAGCGAAGCUGUUUAUGCAAGCUUUGUGGACUCUAAAGACCAACGAUGGACUGAUUUGGGGUUGGGAUCAAGAACUCCCAACGCCCAUCAAGGAACGAUGGCUCGACUACAUGGCUCAACUACCACUACUGAACGCACUUCGCAUCGAACGUUUCAUUCUCUGCCCAAAACCUUCUUCUAUUCAGCUGCACUUUUUCUCUGAUGCAUCGGAGAAUGCAUAUGGAGCCUGUUGCUACAUCCGAUCCUCCAACUCCACCGGCGAAACCAAAACUGCACUGUUAACCGCAAAAUCGAAAGUUGCUCCGUUAAAGCAACAGAGUAUUCUUCGUCUUGAGCUCUGCGGAGCUCUUCUUGCUGCUCAGCUUUACGAGAAAGUGGCUGCAUCGUUGAAACUCGCAACCGAUACGUACUUCUGGGUGGAUUCAACUAUAGUUAUCUGUUGGCUCAAUUCUACACCAUCGACAUGGACUACCUUCGUUGCAAACCGUGUCUCGAAGAUUCAACUUGCGACACAAAAUUGUAGUUGGAAUCACGUAGCGGGGCAGCAGAAUCCAGCCGACCACAUCUCUCGAGGAUUACCAGCAGAAGAUCUCCUACACGACGCACUUUGGUGGAAGGGACCUCAAUGGUUGGCACUCGACAAAGAAUGUUGGCCAAUCCAGCAACCAAUCAACACAGCAGACCAUAAAAGCAUCCCAGACACACGAAAGUUAUGCGCAACAGCUGUUCCAGCCGCCGACAAUCCAUCAUUUGUCGAUCUGUUUGUCACCAAAUUCUCCAACUACAACAAAUUGCUACGAGUGACUGCUUACUGCUAG